AUGCCGCCCUGCUUCGUGUUUCUGCUCUGCACUUUCCUGGUGCUGCCGCUGUGCAUGGCCUUCACAGGAAUGAAGUUUUUGGAGGACUGUCCCGUACAGCCCCUCAUCCCUCUAUACUUGCUAGUGGGUGGGAUCAUCGGGGCCUUAAAGGUGUCUCUCCUACUCCACGACUCCACCAGCAUGAGGCGGCUUCUGUCCAAGGCUGUGGUGAUAGAUGACGAUGACGGCAAUGAGUAUCCCUGGAGGCAGAACGCACACAAAUAUUACGUCCACCUCCUCCUCAGCCUCUUCCUCCUCCUCUGGUUCAUUCUGGGAAAUUACUGGGUCUUCUCUGUUUACCUGCCAGAUUUUAUCCCCCCUUUCCAGCAGCCCCGGGAUUACUGUGACAAAACCCUGUACCUCUUUGCGGUGGGGGUCCUCGUGCUCGGCCACACCGUGCUGGGCUUGCUCGUGCUGGGCAGCGGCUGUGUCUACGUGUGGUCCAGGUGGAGGUCUGCUCCCGAGGAAGACUGA